AUUGUUUUAAAAUUAUGUUAUAAAAUAGUUUAUUCAACUAUUUUGUAUAUUCAAAAUCAAUAAAUAUUGGUUUUUAAGAACUACCUAUAUGAAAUGAACAGGUUAUGUUUACAAUUAUUUUUUAAAUCAAAAAUGCGUAUAAUUCAAAAAAUUUAGUGAUUUUCCAUCACGAAAUUGAAAGUUAAACAAGAAAACAACAAAAUGUAUGAUUAUGACAUAGAUAAUGAUCCAGGAAAUACAUAUUUGGGAUUAUCAGCAAAGCAAUGGCGUGGAAUUUUCAAAUUCUGCGGAGGAAUAUUUGUGUUUAUUUUCACACUGGCUAUAAUAAUAUACGUCUAUUUUGGCUCAACAGAACACAUAUCCGUAGUGUAUAUCGAGAAUAAUAAACCUGCAUUGUUCACCACUGAGAAAGAGUUUUUAAGCUUUGCUUUGGACACUAGCUUGAUAGCACGGGGUUUAGAUCUAUACAACUUUACAAGUCCUAAGUUUAUAAAAAUGUUAAAACAUUUGGAGCCAGCUUAUUUUCGGAUAGGGGGGACAGAGCAGGAUAGAUUACACUUCAAUCCUCAUAAAGUUCCAUUAAAUUUGCAAGAAUAUGAAGUUCAACAAGAUGGGGACCAUUGUGCUUAUGAUGAGGCUAUGUGUAUUAUACAUGUAGCAAGUAGACCUAAUUUUACCAUGACUGGUAGUGACUGGUUACUUAUAAAUAAUAUAGCGAGAAAAGCGAAUUUAAAGCUGAUUUUUGGCUUAAAUUCACUGAUAAGAAAGACAGAUGGAUCCUGGGAUUCAAAAAAUGCACAAAAACUUAUUCUUUUCUCGAAAAACAACCGUUUUAAUGUUAACUGGGAAUUAGGAAAUGAACCCAAUGCAUUUUAUCAUCAAUUUUUCUACAGCGUAAAUGCGACACAGAUGGCUAAAGAUUUUGCAAAGUUGAAAAAUAUUUUGAAUGGAUAUAAAAUGUAUAAAAAAUCUUUGCUACUCGGUCCAGAUGUAACCAGACCUAGAAAAAAUCACCAGGAAAGCAUGAAAUAUUUGAAUGAAUUUUUGGGAAACAAAGAUUCAGAUGUUGUGGAUGCUAUAACAUGGCACCAAUACUAUUUAGAUGGUCACAAUGCAAACCCAAACGAAUUUUUGGACACAGAAAUCCUAGACCUGCUUUCAGAAGAAAUAGACACUAUUAAAAAAAUUCGUGAAGAUUCAGGUGUUGAGCACAAACAAAUCUGGUUGGGUGAGACGUCCUCAGCUUACGGUGGUGGCGCUAGUGGCAUGUCCGAUAAAUAUAUAGCACUUUUCAUGUGGGCAGAUAAGCUGGGUAUAUCUGCCAAAAAGGGAAUCAGUGUGGUCAUAAGGCAGUCAAUUUUCGAAGGUCAUUACGCUUUGCUUGACGAUGAUUUCGAUCCAAAUCCGGUAAAAUUAGUUUUUUUCUUUUACUUUCCAAAGAAAAUGGCCUCUAUAGGGAGCAACAAGCCAAUCAGAGCUCUUCUACUUACAUUUAAUGAUUUCUAAAAAAUCAGCUUGGAUAAAUUUAAAGAAAUGUGUUUUAUUUUUUUAUUUAAGGAUUGGUGGUUUAGUGUUUUAUAUAAACAAUUAGUCAGUCCAGUUGUGGUUCAAUCGAAAAUAGUGACUGAUAGUAAUAUAAGGCUGUACACACACUGUACUUUGCCUGGGGGAAAUUAUAAUAAAGGGUCACUUACAGUUUUUGGAAUGAAUAUAGGACACCUAGAUCAGAAAAUCAGAAUUGAAGGCAUUAAUGAUAAUGAAAACACAGUAUAUGUGUAUGAGCUUUCUACAAAUUUUAUAUUUUCACAGUACAUAUUAUUGAACGACUAUGUGCUAAAUUUGACUGAUGGUUUCAAUUUGCCCACUUUCAAACCAAACAUAUUAAAGUUAAGGCCAUUUCUCACAAUAAAACCCUUUACUGUGGUAUUUUUUGUUGUUCCCAAUGCCGAAGUACAAGCCUGUUCAGAUUUAUAGAAAAACAUCUUUUUAAAAUUUUACAUUUUUAAUGAAUAUAGUGUGUAUUUAUUUGUAUAUUUGUUUUUUUAAGGCUGUAUUAUUUUA